GUCGCUUCCUCUGUCUCCAAGACAUGGAACCUCUGUCUCUCCUCAGACCAUCUAUGGCGGUCUCUGUGCACGACCCGAUAUCCUUCUCUCUCUGCCGUCAAGACAAAUUCUCCGGAGAUCUCUUACACGCGUCUCUACUCCGUCGCCGAAUCCGCCGCCAAGCGCCGCCGCCUCGUGAAACAAGCGCCGAAGCCCAAGAUCUCGCUGCCGGAUCUGACAUUCAUUGUGCACGUGCGGAGCAGUGAUAUGGACAUGACGGUGGUGAAACACG